CAUUAGCUAGGCUCGCUGCUGUUAGCUGUGCCUAGUACAUCAACGUCAAAUCAACCAAACAAAAAAAUCAACCCAAUUAACUUCCACUGCGUCCGAACGCCAGGCUGAGGUGAGACCAGCGGGCAACAGAGUGGGAGGUACAAUCGGGGUUCCGGGCCUGACUGAGGCCGCAGUGCCUGGGCUGUAUGUGGCAGCAGUAGCGGAGGCGGGCGAAGGUGGUCGGCGGCUCCGGGCCCCCUACGGGAGAGAUGGCGCCAAAGAAAGACCCCAAGAAGCGCCCCAGGAAGCCCCAGUUUGAGGUCGGGGAGCGGGUGUUGUGUUUCCACGGGCCCCUGCUUUAUGAGGCGGAGUGUGUGAAGGUGUCCGUUAAGUACAGGAAGGUCACGUACCUCAUUCACUACCCGGGAGGCAACGAGAAGGGCGCCGUGCGCACCAGGCUCUCCGAAAAGCUGGACAAGAUGGCGGCUCGGGAGACCCAGAAAGCAGGGGAGGCCAGUAAGGUCCAAGAGACUGGGGAGGUGAGUGAAGGCUGUAAAGCCCCCAAGGCUAUUGAAGUCAGUGGAACCAGUGAGGCCCCUGAAUCCCAUAAUGCCUGUGUAAUCUGUGAGGUUCAUGAAGCCGUUCAGGUCCGUGAUGAAGCCACCAGGGCUCACGCAAUCUUUGAAACGCCUGAAGCCAUCAAGGUCCGUGAAACCGGUAUGGCCAGUGCAACCUGUGAAGCCGGGGAAGGUGCCAGAGCCCUUGAUGAAGCCACUAAAGCCCAAGAAGAAACCACCAGGUCUCAUGCAACCAGUGAGACACCUGAAACCUGAGGUCCCUGAAACCCGCAGAACCAGUGCAAUCCGUGAAGCUGAUGAAGCUGCUGAGGUUCAGGAAGCUGCCAGAGCCCUUGAUGAAGCCAUUAAAGCCCAAGAUGAAGCCACUGAGGUCUGUGAAACCAGUACCUCCCUUGCAAUCCAUGAAGGUGAGAAAGGUGCUGAGGCCUGUGAAGCUGCUGAGGCCCGGGAAGCUACUAAGGACAUUGAAACCUGUGAAAUCACCAAAACCCACAAAGCCACCAACGCCUGUGAUGAAACCAUCAAGGUCCGUGUAUCUUGUGAAGUCACUGAGGUCCGUGAAACACAUAUGGCCUGUAUGAUCCGUGAGGCCGGAGAAGCCGCUGCAGCCCGUGAAAUCCAUGAAGCUACAAAGGCCCAAGAAGCUGCUGUAGCCUGUGAAAUCCCUGAAGCUACCAUGGCCUGUGAAGCUGCUGAGGCCAGUGAUACUUUUAAGGCCUCUGAAAGCCAGGACUCUCAUGAAGCCACUGAGGCCAUUAAAACCAGUGAGUUCCAUGAAACCAGUGAGGCUGGAGAAAUCAGUCAGGUAGCUGAAGCCAGUGUAUCCUGUGAAACUGCUGAAACCAGUGAGGCAAGAAAAGUUAGUGAGGCUAGCAAAGAGCAGAAAGGGGGUAAGGGUAAGGCCAAGAAAAAGGGCAAGGGUAGGGGAAAGGGCAAGGCUAAGGCUGAUGUAGGUCACUUUCCUACUGAAGAUGAUGAUAAUGUUGCCUCUCAAGAUCCUCUCUACCCCACUGCUGGCUGGGAUGAUGAGUGGGUUCCAGAAAGCAGAUUACUUAAGUAUUCAGAAAUCAGUCUUCAGAAACAAAGAGAACUUUUUGAAGCUAGUCAGGAGCAAUCUGCAAAAGGGAAAAUGGUAGGGAUAGCUUCAGGAAAGAACACUUCUGAGGGUCCACAGCAAAAUACUGUAGAAAAUAAUGUUGAAGUCCCCUCAGUAUCAGUAAAGACAAGCAGAAAGGAGCAAAAUAUAGUGAGUGUAACAGGUAGUGGUAGUGCUGGAAACAUAGCUGGUUGUAAUACUGGAAGCAGAGAUGGUAGUAAGAGUGAAAUAUCUCAGCAACCACAUUGGGGAGGAGCCCUAGUGAACUCUGAUGGUGAACCAUGUAGUGGAUUUAUGAGAAGAUCAGACUUUGAAAUAAAUAUUCCUGCAGAACUGAAACCAUGGCUUGUGAAUGACUGGAACUUGAUCACUGGACAAAAGAAGUUAUUUUGUCUUCCUGCCAAGAAGAAUGUGGAAUCAAUCUUGGAGGACUAUGAACUUUAUGAAAAGUCUUAUGCCAACUCAGAAGAUAAGAUCUGUGGUGUUCCUGAAGUUGUAGCAGGGAUCAGAGAAUACUUCAAUCUGAUGCUAGGCUCUCACCUGUUGUAUACAUUUGAGAAACCACAGUAUGCUACAAUCCUAGCAAAUGAUCCUGGCGUCCCAAUGUCACAGAUCUACGGAGCACCACAUCUACUGCGAUUAUUUGUAAAAAUUGGAGACAUGCUGUCAUGUGCAUUCUUUGAUAGUCAUAGUACCACUUUAUUAUCAGAGUAUUUGCAUGAUUUUGUAAAAUACUUAGCAAAAAAUUCUGCAGCUUUGUUUAGUCCCAAUGAUUAUGAGCUUGCUUCUCCUGAGUAUCUUCAGAAAGCUGCAGAAGAACCUGAGAAUAUUUGUCAUAGUUGAAUCUCAGUAAAAACACAUCAGUAUGUUCUCUUGCAUAGACAAAAAAAAGUUCUAAUGUUGGGUCUUUAGGUAUUUGUUUGGAAGAUAAAGUAACAAGAGGGUUUUUCUGAUAUUUGUUGCUUAUAUAGUCUGGAAUAGGAAGGUAAAGGGUAGGAGUAUUUCUGAUAUUUGUCCCUUCUGUUUUAUUUGGAACAAAAGGGAAAAGGGGGGAUUUCUGAUAUUUGUUCCUUAUUUAGUCUUUGGAACAAAAGGUAAAAGGAAGGGGUAUUUCUGAUAUUUGUUCCUUCUAUAGUCUGGAACAGAAGGUAAAGGGUAGGAGUAUUUCUGAUAUUUGUCCCUUCUGUUUUAUUUGGAACAAAAGGGAAAAGGGGAUUUCUGAUAUUUGUUCCUUAUUUAGACUGUGGAGCAAAAGGUAAAAGGAAGGUGUAUUUCUGAUAUUUGUUCC